UUUCCUCGAAUUGGAUAAACAAAUAGCAACGCAGCAGCAUACCUCCUGCUAACUAACCAUCUCCAGCUCCUCAUCUUUUUGCAUUGCCGCCCUGGUAUCUUGCUUACCCAUCAUCUUUCACACAGCCUGUCAGCCAUUGCAUUGCUAGCUUUUCUUCACUUCUGGUUGGCAUCUCUUCUUGUUUCUAGUACAAAAGGACGCUGUUUGCUUCAUAAGCACGAGGAGAGAUACAUCGUGGAAGCUACUCACCAAGUGUCUUACUCAGAACCCUUUGAUCAUAAGCACGAGGAGAGAUACAAAAGGGCGCUGUUUGCUUCAUAGGCUCUGAGAUGAGUAAUGGGUGCUGAGGAUAGAGUUGCGCAAGCUUCCUCCCAUUCUGCGUCCCUGCUAACAUCUGGAGAUUGCCAGUGGCUAUGAUCUGUAACCAAAGAAGAGGGAAAGUGUGAGAUUAGCAGCUGGUUCAGUGUUAGCUCAGUAUCCAUCAUUCACUUGUAUGGCUACUGAUUUGCUUCGUAUUCACAGAAUCCUCUCCACCUUGUUGGAGAUAAAGGGGAUAAUCAUCGUGAAAUAUAUAAAAGGUAGAGAUAACAUCCAGGAAAUAACCAGAUCAUUGCUGAGAGCUGGUGAGCAAGAGCUUCUAUGCACCUUGGAAGAGCCAAUGGACGAGCACUGCGUACGAGACAGCAAGGACUCAGUUCGGACAACAAUCGUGGAGCAUGAUAAGGUCUUCAGACAGCAGGUGCAUGAGUUGCAUCGUUUGUAUCAUGUACAAAAAUCAUUGAUGGCUGCAUGCGAUAACCAUGGUUAUCAGACGAGAACAGAAGAAACUCACAGAAUGGUGCAGGGGUCAAAGUUGAAUCUCAAGAGCAGUCCUUCAACAUCAGGGACAAAUCAAUCAGCUCGCCUUGGUAAUGCACAACACUCAACUCCCCAGCAAGUAACUGAAGAUUCGAGUCUUCACGAAUGCAAGCCAGUAAACUGCCUCAGCCUCUUUAGUGAAGAAAACUCAACAGUCAAAGAAAGAUUUCACAGGGAGACCCAUAAAUCAGUUGAAGACGAAAGUUGGAGUGCAUCUGUAGAGAGUGAUCUUGACCUCAAACUAAGCAUUGGGCCCAGUUCACAUUCACCAAAAACACAGCACUGGGUAUUCUCAGGAAGCGAGGAAAGAAAACCUUCUGGUCAGCAUCGAUGAGAGCAAGCUAGUGAACAUCCAAUCAUUUAGUUUGAUGUCGUGAGAAUCGAAACACAGCACACAAUAGUUUCGUAUGCUCAGAAAGCUGAAGCCUCCAUUGAAAAUGGCAUGUGGAUCUGUGGAAAUACAGGCCUCAAGAAAAAAUGAACUUCUAACUCACAUGGCGCCUGGCCAACAACAAAUGGCCCAGAAAUGCUUCCAUCAGAUUUUGAUCAGAAUUAUUUAGUCACUAGUGAUCUGUAUAAAAAAUGUAGAGCCUCCCAGGUACCAAUACUUUCUGUGGGUAGAACUGCACUAAUGUAAUGCCAAGCAGAGGAUUGAUGACAAUUCAGUUCUUUCUUGUCAUGUGCAUAACUUUUGAGUUUCAGAACCAAAGCGAUAAAGAAACAUUUGAUAAGUA